AGAAACGAAGGGAUUCUAAGAUCGGAUACAGACCGGACAUAAUGUCUCUGCCUCUGGUCUCGCCCUCUGUUUCAUAUGUCUCAUCCUCCAACCAUUUCUACUGGUUUCCCCUUCGAACAGAAAGGUGCGGCCUUUGUAGAUUAUUAGCUUGGAGCUCUCACCGGUUAAACCAUAGGUGGACUGGAAUUAGAAAACAAACGUUCUCUCAGACAUCUGCUGUCACAAUGUCUGAUAGUUCCUCCUCGACUUUGCCGCUUAAUUACCAGAGAUCCAAGAAGGUCUGGAUAUGGACCGAGUCUAAGGCGGCUAUGACGGCUGCGGUGGAAAGAGGCUGGAACACGUUUAUCUUCGAAUCCAAGAAUUACAAACUUGCCGAGGAGUGGUCAUCGAUUGCAUUGAUAGAUUCAUUGUUUAUCGAAGAGGGGCAACUUCUAGACCGUGCCCGGAAAAAUGUAGCUGUGGCAUUUGAGGUGUCAACUCCUGAAGAAUUGCAGAAGCUGCAGCUUCAUAAUGAAUCUACCGAAAACAUUGUUCUUGAUUUCCUAGACUGGAAGGCGAUACCGGCUGAAAAUCUUGUGGCAGCAUUCCAAGGAAGUGAGAAAACCGUGUUUGCCAUCUCGAAAACGCCCUCCGAGGCAAAACUAUUUCUCGAGGCUUUAGAACACGGUCUUGGUGGAAUCAUUCUCAAAACCGAGGAUGUAAAAGCUGUUCUCGGCCUAAAGGAAUAUUUUGACAGAAGGAACGAAGAAUCUGAUACAUUAAACUUGACAAGAGCGACUAUAACUCGGGUGAAAAUGGUCGGAAUGGGAGACCGAGUUUGUGUUGAUCUUUGUAGUCUCAUGAGACCCGGUGAAGGCCUUCUUGUUGGAUCCUUUGCUAGAGGACUCUUCCUUGUUCACUCAGAAUGUUUAGAUUCGGAUUAUAUCUCAAGUAGACCAUUCCGGGUUAAUGCUGGACCGGUUCACGCUUAUGUCGCUGUCCCGGGCGGAAAGACUUGUUACCUCUCGGAGCUAAAGACUGGUGCAGAGGUUAUUAUUGUUGACCAGACAGGAAAACAGAGAACAGCAGUUGUCGGCCGCGUCAAAAUCGAGGCCCGGCCUCUCAUCCUCGUGGAAGCAAAGACACAAGCAGAGGAUUCGAAGGUUUUUGGCAUCAUCUUGCAAAAUGCAGAAACUGUUGCUCUGGUCACUCCACUGCAUCAAGUGAACUCGUCUCGAGAAACCGCGGUUCCUGUGACUUCAAUGAAAGUAGGGGACCAGGUUCUGCUCAGAGAACAGGGCGGUGCUCGCCACACCGGUAUCGAGAUUCAAGAAUUCAUCGUCGAGAACUGACUCUGACCAUCUGAAAGAGAGUGAUUGCCUCUUAAUUCUCACGUUUCUGCAGUUGCAGUUUCCUACUGGUUUCUGUUUCUCAGUUCCUUUUCUUGUUCUUGUUCUGGUUCUGUCUCAUUUCUAAUGUUUCAAGCUGCAACAACCUUGUUGUUGAAACCGACUCUGACCAUUUCCAAAAUCUUUGGGCUUAAACAGAUUAACCACUUUGAGUUUUUUUU